GCAGCAACGAGAAAAGCGGUGAAAAUUUGAUAAGGCAGCGUGCCACGAUGAUUAAACCACGGCGCCCGGGUACGUCCCGGGGCUACGAGGAGAUGGAUGGCUCCAAUGUGCCCAACUACGGAGUGACACCAACGGGGCGCAGAGGAGCCAAUGGGGCAUCGCCGAUCGGAAGCACGGGCAGCAAUGACCCGACGAGUCCGAUCAACGGCAACGGGGGAGCACCGCCGGAGUUCGAACUGGCCUCGGUCAGUGUGGUUCCGGACGAUACGUUCACGGUGACCCAGGCCGUCAAUGCACUGGGCUUUGGAUGGUUCCAGGUGAAGCUGUCCCUCUGUGUGGGACUCUGUUGGAUGGCCGACUCGAUGGAGAUGACCAUUCUGAGUGUGCUCGGACCGGCGCUGCACUGUGAUUGGGGUAUUACGAGGUACCAGCAGGCACUGGUUACGACGGUUGUAUUCCUGGGGAUGAUGCUGAGUUCAACCUUUUGGGGGCAUUUGAGUGAUCGCUACGGGAGGAAGCCGGCACUAACGUUAUGCGGUGUUCUACUGUUCCUAUAUGGACUGUUGAGCUCUGUGGCGCCAAGUUUCGGAUGGUUAUUACUAUUGCGUGGCCUAGUGGGAUUUGCUAUUGGAUGUGUUCCUCAAUCUGUAACUCUGUAUGCUGAGUUCCUCCCCACAAAGCAACGGGCCAAGUGUGUUGUUCUGCUAGACUGUUUCUGGGCUCUGGGAGCCUGCUUCGAGGUGGCCCUGGCACUGGCCGUUGGGCCCAACCUAGGUUGGCGCUGGCUGUUGGGUCUCUCUGCUGCACCGUUGUUUGCAUUCGCCGUGAUUACUCCAUGGUUACCAGAAUCGGCUCGGUAUCACGUUACCAGCGGCCAGAGCGACAAGGCUUUGAGCACCCUCGAGCAGAUCGCCAAGGACAACAAGCGACCCAUGCUCCUGGGGCGGUUGGUCGUGGAAGGUCCUAGCGGAUCCCGCGGAAGCUUCAAGGCUCUACUCGGAAGCUCUCUACGGCGAACCACCCUUCUGCUGUGGUUCAUUUGGAUGUCGUGUGCCUUCUGCUACUACGGUUUGGUGCUGAUGUCCACGGAGCUGUUUGGCGGUAAGAACAAAACCGUCGUGCCGGAAACGGAGAACGAUUGUCAUCCGCUGGCAACAACCGAUUAUAUGGAUCUCCUGUGGACGACAUUGGCGGAGUUCCCGGGAAUUUUCACUACCAUUUACGUGAUCGAGCGAUUUGGCCGCAAGAAAACGAUGGCCUUGCAGUUUCUGGUCUACGCGGGAUGCGUUCUGCUGAUCACCGUUACUGAUGUUCGCGUCUUCCUCACGAUCAUCCUAUUCAUGGCCCGCGGCGUCAUUGCGGGUCUCUUUCAAGCGGCGUACGUGUACACACCGGAAGUAUACCCUACGGCGCUGCGCUCGAUUGGAGUAGGCGGCUGUUCGGCACUCGCUCGGCUGGGUGCCAUGGCAACGCCUUACGUGGCACAAGUCCUAUUUCAAUCGUCCAUUUGGAGUGCCGUGUCCGUGUACGGGUUCUUCGCCGUGUGCGCCAGCGUUGCCUGUAUAAUGCUGCCUUACGAGACGAGGGGAACCGACAUGGGCCAGUGACACUCUUUUCUUUUUACUU